AUGUUGAAGAAGAUCGUACUAGCCGGUCUAGUCUCUUUUUCCAGCGCCCACAUUAAAUUGAGAGCACCUGUUCCAUUCGAAUUUCCUGACCCUGCGCAUUCGCUGGAUCCCCUCCUGCCCGAUGGCACUGAUUUCCCUUGCAAGAACGCCAGAUACGACGCUCCGACUUCAGGUAAUGAGUUUGCUCAGGGCAGCGAACAGACGCUCAAGUUCAUUGGUAGUGUUGUCCAUGGUGGUGGUUCGUGUCAAGUGUCUAUUACGACUGAUCUGAAGCCGAGUAAAAACUCUGUUUGGAAGGUCAUCAAGUCCAUUGAAGGUGGAUGUCCUGCCAAAAACUUAUCGACCAACAUCUUGCCGCUCAACCCCAACCUUGAAACCCCCUUUGAAUAUUCUUACACCAUCCCAAAGGACCUCGCCGCCGGCAAAUAUACCCUUGCUUGGACUUGGUUUAAUAAAAUUGGCAACCGAGAGAUGUACAUGAACUGUGCUCCGAUCAGCGUUACCGGCUCUGGCGGUUCCAAGGAUGCCUUGGGAACCUUGCCUGAUAUGUUCGUCGCCAAUACCGGGAAUGGCUGUGGAACCUUGGGAAACACAGAUUUGAAGUUCCCUAAUCCCGGAAAGGAUCUUGAUCAAUUCGGCCAGCAAACCCCAGCUGCUUUGACGGCGGCGACGGGCAACUGCGCUGCCGCCAGUGGUCCGCAGCCGACUGGUGGUGCCCAGCCGACGGGUGCUCCUCAGCCUACUUCUGCUCCUCAACCUACGUCUUCUGCAGGCGUUGCCCCUCCCGCCGACCCCAACGGGACGAUCCCUGGAGGAGUUUUCAUCACCAAGAGCCAAGGACAACAAGCCGGUCAACCUUCUGUGACAAGCCAGCCACAGGCUAGCCAAUCUGAUGACACAUGUGACGAAGAAGUCAGUCAACCUGCUGUCACAAGCCAGGCACAGGCAAGCCAACCUGCCAUCACUAGCCAGGUACAGACGAGCCAACCUGCUGUCACUAGCCAGGCACAGGCGAGCCAAUCUUCUGUCACAUGCGAAGAAGAAGCCAGUCAACCUGCUGUCACAAGCCAGGCACAGGCGAGCCAACCUGCCGUUACAACCCAGGCACAGGCUAGCCAACCUGAUGUGACAAACCAGGUGCCUGUUCCUACCACUGCCGGCGGCGCUCCUCCCGCGACCAACGGGACUGUUGGCGGUGACGCGGGGGCUUUCGCUACUGGCACCGCUUGCAGUACUGAAGGGAUGUGGAAUUGUAUCGGCGGAAACUCAUUCCAGCGCUGUGGCGGCGGCCAGUGGUCUGCUACCCAGGGGGUGGCAGCCGGAACCAAGUGCUCCCCUGGGCAGUCACCGGAACUUAAAAUGGAUACCGUGCAGGGAAACAAGCGCAGUUUUCGCCGCCGCAUGCGCUCCUUCGCAUAA